AUGAGUUCAUUAGAAGGAGGAACAUAUAAUCUCAACAACAUUCCGCCAUCCCCUUCGAAGAAAACGAAAAAACAAAGUGUCACUUUUGAUGAGCAAAUCAAGCAAAUCAAUUCAAUUCAUCUCAAAGAAAUAACAAGCGAGCCGCCAACAGUCGUCGACAUUAAACCACAAUUUUUCACUUUCACAUCACCACAGAAAAAAACCCCAAAAAAACAAAAAGAGUCGAAAGAACUGAAAAAGAAUAACACUUUUUCAGACGAAGAUAAAGUCGACAGUUUAGACCAAAAAUCAAGUCUGAAAAUGGCAGUUGAAAUGGACGAUGACAAUUUGUUGCGACCAGUGUUAAAACCAUCAGUACUACCAAAACGAACGACACCAAAAAAAGAAGGAAAAAGUACUUACUCACGACGAAAUCCACCAGUAAAAACGGGGAAAUCGGAACUCCGGUUUAACCCUCUUGAAUUUAAACACUUUGGACCAAAGAAAGAGAAAUUCGAAAAGACAAAAAAGGUGACCGAAGGAAAUGCGAAUAACGUGGUGGACAUCGACAAACCAACACAAAUUGUCUUGGAAGAACAAACAAAAUGCGAACCAGUGGGAUCAACUGAUUUGUAUAAAACGGAAGUCGAUGGAUCGAAAGAAUACUUGGUCUUGGAAGACGACGACGGCCUGAAGAGGAAAACCACGUCGAAGACGUAUUAUUGUUACGAAGAAAAGAACAAUCAAAUCACACUCGAGCAACAUGACUUGGACAUCUUAAAAAACAACGAUAUGAUCAACGACACAAUCAUCGACUUUUAUUCAAAAUGGAUUGAGAACGAAGAAGUCCCCACAGAGUACAAGGGGAAGUGUCUCUUCAUGUCGGUGUUGUUUCUGACGAAGCUCCAGGGGUACUUUUCUGACCUUGAAAAAGCCCUUCAAAAGGAGGCAAAAGAGAACAACGAACACUUUGAUGACCAAAAGCUGUUCAACGAGUUUUUCUUGAAAUACAAGAAAAUACGGCACUGGCUUGGAGACGCCGACAUUUUUAAAUACAAGUUCAUCUUUCUUCCUCUUCACACAAGUUCACACUUCUCGUUGAUUGUGUUGUGUUUCAAUGGCGUCGAGGGAUUUGAGAGUCUUGUGAUGACUGAAGACCCCCAAAAGGUUGAUGUCAUGAAAGAAGCACCAUGUUGUUUGAUCAUCGACUCGUUGGGCCGAAAAUUCAUUCCUGACCGGCUAAAAAUCAUCAUUCAACUCUUUGUCACUGCCGAGUUUAAAGUUUGCAAAAAGGAAAUCAAAAACAUCAGCGAGGAUAUGAAGGAGUACUCCAUCAACUGUAUUCAACAAACAAAUUUUGUAGACUGUGGCUGCUAUGUCCUCUAUUUCAUCAGAAAAAUGGCGUGUAGUCCCUCCAGGCGUCUCUACGAUCUUAAGCCUAUCUUUGUCCAGAAAGAGGCUGAGAAUGAGAGACAACGAAUAUGUGAGAUAGUCGAAAAACUUGAAAAGAAGGAUAUGUGA